AUGCUUCUGUCUAAGUAUGUGUGUGUUGUCAAGGUUUGGAGACAACAAAGGAUCUUGGAGCACUACAAGCGGUUCAUCUUUAUUGCCUCUGAACAAAGACGCCAAACAACCUUUACACCGAUGGGGGGCGUCAUUUUCACUAGGGCGAUUAUCGGCACACGAAAGGGCAAUGCCCCACUUAGUUGUCUCACGAAACGAGACAUCGACUCGUGGUCAACAAGCACCAGUUCUAACAGCGACUUGCCCAUCGAGACAAAGUCGGUAAGACCGCUUGUCUGCCACCCAGAUGUCGCUUUGAGGCUGUCUCCAUAA